UUGUCGUCUUGCACCCAUGAGUCAAUUGCAGGCACAGCAGUAGAAAUGCCCUGGUCUCAAAAUGCUGUCGUUUUGAGUGUUCAAAUUUUCGGGGUGUUAUUUUUCGUUUGUCUGGAAAUUGCAAGAGAGGGUGUCUAUUUAUUUGUGAGGGGAACCAGGGAAAGAUUUGUCGCAAGGUGUUUCAACCAAAAGGAUGCUUGGAACGCCAGGAAGGGUGCUGUCGUGCAGGCACCCUCACGUCCUCGAGCUUUGACGUAGUUGUUAAUGGCAUUGCAAGAUAUUGGAUUAGAGAAGCUAUUAUGGAGCAUAAUGGAGUGUUAGCGUCGCUGAAGGAGAGACUUAUGAAGGCGACGAUAGCCAUGGACAAGGUGGAGCUCAUGGAGCUGCACAAACUGCACAUGAAGCAGUUCGAGGAUUCAGCAACUGGGUGGGACUGCAGGAUUAAGAAGGAAAUGGAGGAGAGGACGCCAGCGAUAGCGAAGGCGUCGCGUCACCGCGCGAUUUUGCCGCUGGAAGUGUUGAGAAGAGUGACGUUGGUGGAGCUCACGGUGGAGAAGCGGAAGGAUGAGCGUGUGCUUUACGGUACUCUAUGCGUCGAACCAUUUGUUCUCAGUUUUGUGCAAACUGUGAUUGAGGAUGACGAGGGUAAGGCCAUCACAUUGAUAAUUUACGAUCCUAUUUUAGACGGUGAAUCAGUUAUGGAAAUGGCAAAUAUUCGCUACUGUCAGGGUACUAAGGUAGCUAUCAAAGAGCCAUAUCUGUGCACUUUGCCGGACAAGACUCGGGCCCUGUGUGUGAACAGUGUAGGUGACAUUACAAUCCUGUCGGAAAUCUCCUCCUUACCUACAGAUGUCAGCCCUUGGUCAAAUCUAGACAUAGCUGCUCUGCGCGCGGAGGGUAAUCGCUACUUUGCUAAGGAAGAUUGGGUUGGAGCGAUAGACUUGUACUCACAAUGCAUAUCAAAAUCCAUGGAAUCAGUGCGACCAUCCUCAAAAUCUCCGAAUUCCAAAGCACGGAAAAAGAAAAUGGCAGUCUAUAAUGGUGGCGCAACCAAACAAAAUGAAUUGGACUCAGAAACUGUGACGCUGGCCUACUCAAACAGGGCAGCUGCUUGGAUGAAGCUUCGUCACUUUGAGAAGGCCUUAAAUGAUUCAGAGGAGGCUCUCAAGGUAGAUCAUACACACUUGAAAAGCAUGUAUCGAAAAGGGCGUGCGCUUCAUGGGUUGCAACAAUACGGAAAAGCGUGCGAGACAUUUCAAGAUGCGCUGGUUCUCUAUCCUCUGGACAAGGAUAUUAAAAACGCUUUACAAAGAAGUAAAACGUGCGACCUGCAAAGUCGUUUAGGGUUAUUCGAGAUUUCGAAGUGUAUUCUCGGCUCAUGUGAUGGAGGUGUGACCGAAUUCAGUGAUUACGUAGGACCUGUAGAAAUUAAAUGGAGUGAGAAUUUGGGCAUGCGUGGGCUGUUUGUGACCAAGGAUGUUGAUGUCGGGGACCUUCUGCUAGUGAGUAAUGCAAUCUCAGCGGUUCGCAUUGAUGGUACAAAUCCUAAGAGGGUUGAAGGAUCCUCUGGUCGCUCGAAUGCUAUUCUUCGAGAUGAGCUUGCCUUUAAGCUUUACAAUCUGAUUCCCAAAUCCCCGAAAUGGCAACAUCAGCUGAGUUUCCUGACUGAUUCAGGAGACAAGAAAGAUGAUAGAUGCCCACCUAUGGAUUUAUUUAAGCCUAACCAAACGUGGAACUCUUUCAGCAAGCAUGAAGUAUCUCCGUCGCGCAUCGAGGGAAUCGUAUUCCAGAAUGCGUUGGAUGAGUCUGGGUCUUGCGCUAGAGGCCUUCAUAAUAAUCGGCUUCCUGGUGAGAAUAAUCGACAGUUCUUAGGAUUGUGGGCUUUACCUUCUUUCAUCAACCAUUCGUGUUGUCCGAAUGCUGUUCGUCUUCAUCUUGGUGAUACUUUAUUUCUGCAUGCUUCUCGUCCACUAGAAUGCGGGGACGAGGUCACGAUCUCAUACGUCAACCCCUUAGUACCGCUUCGUAUGCGCCGUGAGCUGCUAGAACAGGAUAAAUGGGAUUUCAUAUGUAAGUGCUCACGGUGCGAACUGGAGCUGAGACUUAGAGAACCUCUUAAACACAUUUGCAAGCGAAUGUAUGACCAUUGGGGUGUGAAGGAGAGUAUGGUGGCGGGGCAUCCAGAAUCUUUAGACAUGGCUAGAAAUGCUCUGAGACUUGAGGAUCGACUUAAGCUUAAUGUUCCAUAUCUUCAUGAACGGCAGUUAAUACGGACUUCAUACUUUAAUGCCUACUGGAGCGCUUUUCACAAUUUGGACCAGCUGGGUGAUCAUGCCUACAGUAUUCCACGGCCUGAGGUUCUGAUUGAUGCAAUGAAUGUUACUUCACCUGGUGAUUCUGUGACUCUGUUUUUCGCUGCAUAUUGGUUGAAGAAGUUUGAAGAGCAGGGUGCGAGUAGGAUUGUGGUGAAGGAUGCGCAGAAGAGGGCCAUGUACACAUGCAAGUCUGUGUAUGGCAAGCAGAAAGCGGACGUUUUAAAACGAUUAAUUAAAGCACACUCUGCAGGAUGAAUGGUGCUUUGUAGUGGCUCUUGGAGAAGUGUUUUAUUUAGAUAUCUAAAGAUUGACAUUCUAGAUUGUAGAUGCACGGCUGGAUAUGGCCUUCACGUCUUAGUGCUAGAGCAUGUCAAUAUUAGACGAAAUCGAAUAUGGACACAAUCGCUUUCUAGGUGCUUGGCGGACACCCAGGUUUCGUCGUUUGACAUGUUAUAACUUUCUCAAAAAUCAAGUUUACCAUGACUUGGGUAUGCAACCAUGUUUAUCAAGUUCGAUUCUCAUGUCUUGUUGUACUCUAUUCUGUUUAGUUCGUACUUCGUGAAAAAAUGCUGCUCUAUCAUGCAGAAGUGUCAACGA